CGAAGGUCUCACAGCCGAACAACCAGCUGCAGCCAGUUCAUGUCAUAAGAAGAUUGGGACAUAUUUAAUACUGUGAGAUGAUUGUGUGGCUGUAGUUCCGGUGUUGCUGAUGUCGACGGAGCUGAUAUAAGUAAAGUGAUAUUAAUAAAAUACACCUGGAGAGCCCCGUAACUCGGGGUUGAACACUUCACACCGUUUCCCCAUUUGGACAAGGAGUAAUAAAGUAAAAAUGGAGAAUCUGCACCCCCACUGCCUUAAAUGCAUCAACAGAAGAUGCAUGGUAAGACCAGAAACGGGUGUUUCCUGCGACCUCAUCGGCUGCCCUCUUGUCUGCGGGGCAGUUUUUCACUCAUGCAAACUAGAGGAGCAUCGUCUACUGUGUCCGUAUGAACGGCUGCCAUGCCUAAACAGUGGGUUUGGCUGCCCCUUCACUAUUGCAAGGAUCAAGAUGGCACAACAUCUUGAAACUUGCCCAGCAAGUAUAGUAUGUUGUACUAUGGAGUGGAACCGCUGGCCUGUGAGCUAUGCUGAUCGCAAGUCCUAUGAAAACUUGAGCAAAGACUUUGAUGAGGUGGAGCAGCUAGACAUGGCCUUGGCCCUGCAGGAUCAGAGGAUGUUGUUAGAGUCCCUGAAGGUCACGACCACUGUGUCAAAGAAUGGAGAUAAAGAAGUCGAUGAAAGUGACAAGAUGGCCACGGCAUCAAGUUUACCAGAGACAGUGUUAGGUAAUGGAUCAGUGGAAAUGGAACAAGAGCCCUAUACUGAGUUGUAUAGUACCUCAGUCGAAAAUAGCAGAAGUUUUGCUGCGGCCUUGGACAUCCUCACUAAUUCCAAGGAUAUUGAUGUUAUUGUAGGAAAUCUAAAUGGGGAAAAGACUGAUAAGAAUGGAGCACUCCACAAUGGAGAAAAUGGUGAUAGUCAUAAUGUUUAUGUCGCCGAAGGCGGGAAGAAUGUAGAUAUGCAAGAGAGUGACUCUGAUUCAGAGUGUGAACUUGGAGCAGUAGGUGGAGUGGAUUGCGCAGUGGGAACAGAUGGAGAAGAAGAUGGUAUUGGCUGGGCAGAGGAAAAUGAUUUUGUAGAGUUGUUUUUUGAAGAAAAGGAAGAUAUUAUUGAGGAGCCAAUAAAUGAUUCCAACCUUGUCUGGCCAGAGAUGCCUCAAGAUUACAUGCCUGUUGUAGCUCUGGGGCCUCCUGUGCCCCAACAAGCACCACUUUCACCUCCAAUGCCAUUCCUGCUGUCUGAUCACGUGAGAAACAACUUCUUGCAACACUUACCCUCUGAACUCAGGUAUAGGUGCUUGGAGCGUAAACUACAGAAUGUAGAAGUCCUUAGGGGUAUAAGUAUGUUUACAUUUAAUGGACGCAGGGCUCUGCUGUCAGACCCUUACUUGUUUCGAGCAAAGAUGGAGGACAAGGCAGUGGACACAUCUGACCUGGAGGUAGCUGAAGACCCCAUGGGCCUCCACGGCAUCGAUCUCAUCACUGCAGCUUUGCUCUUCUGCCUUGGCGAUUCUCCAGGAGGCAGAGGAAUCUCAGACAGCAGAUUUGUCGAUGGCUACCACAUUGACUUUGGUACUCAGACUUUCUCCUUCCCUUCAGCCAUUCUUGCAACCAACACCAUGGUGGGGGACAUCGCAUCAGCCUCAGCCUGUGAUCAUGCCAGUCCACAGCUUUCCAACCCCAGCCCCUUCCACACUCUCAGGCUGGACCUGGUGCUUGAAUGUGUGGCCCGAUACCAAACCAAACAGCGCUCCAUGUUCACGUUUGUGUGUGGACAGCUGUUCCGGCGGGACGAGUUCUCGUCUCAUUUCAAAAAUGUUCACGGGGAUAUUCACGCUGGACUCAAUGGCUGGAUGGAGCAACGCUGCCCCUUGGCCUACUAUGGCUGCACCUACUCCCAAAGACGAUUCUGCCCAUCUGUGCAGGGCUUCAGGAUCAUCCAUGACAGGCACCUCGGCUCUUUUGGGGUUCAGCCUGGUCUACCUUUAAAAACUGGGGACAACCUCCCAAGAAACACCCGCCACUUUGGCUCUCAGUGCGAUGGAUUCAGCAGUCUCCCAUUCGAGGUGUUGCAACAUGUAGCAAGCUUCCUGGACAGCUUCAGCUUGUGCCAACUAUCCAGAGUGUCCCGCACCAUGAGGGAUGUAUGUGCCAGUCUGCUACAGAUGCGUGGCAUGGUCGUCCUGCUGUGGGAGAAGAAACGGCGUGCUGAUGGAUCUCCUUCAUGGCAGAUAACAGAUAAGGUGUGGCGAUUCAGCACAGCUUUCGGUACAGUGAAUGAGUGGAAGUUUGCCAACAUCGCCAGCAUGGCCGACCACCUCAAGAAGUGCAAGUUCAAUAAGAUAGCUCGUCGGGAGGAGGCCAUCCCUCUGCCGUGCAUGUGCUUCACCAGAGAGCUCACGAAAGAGGGGAGGUGUUUGCGUUCAGUUCUCAAACCAGUAGCAUAAGCGAUGAAGUCACCUUUUGGACAUUUCUGAGACCAUCAGAACUCAAAUACACAUGUAUUUUCCUCCAGUGUUUACAGACAUUAGUCUCCAGCCUCAAAAAAAUAGAAAACUCCUGGUUGGAUGUUAUGAACUGUUGUUCUUUGCUUCACAGUGGAAAAAAAAAACCUUCUCUCCCGUAAAUAAGACAAAGCCAGUAGUGGUCUGAUUCAUACUCACAGAUCGGGAUUGUAACGAGCAAAUUUAAUUGCUAGCCUUGUAUCCUGCACUCUGAUGGAUUUAUUAAUACCACUGUACUGAAGUUCUACCAUUAUCUACUCUGACGUGUAAAUAAUCAGAUGUUUUGAUGUAGAAUUUUUUUAUUUUUAUAUCUAAAAGUCAGUACUGUGCUACAUUGGAGGUAAGAGUAGAGCCUUAACUUGUGAUACACUUGAUUUUCUAGUCUUUAGGCUGUUCAGAACGUCUCAGUGAGAUUUUCUCAACUGCUUCUAGCUGGAACAGUUUACUGGUAUCUUGCACGGUUUUAUAUCUUAUCCUGAUACCUAGAGUGACCACGUGUGUACUGCUUAGAGCUCAUAGAUUUCAUGGCUUUAAUUCUACACUUUAAGACUGACCAAACAUCUGUGGAAGGUCUGCACAAUGUACGCCAUUGUACAGGAUGAUCGAACUGUAUCACUGUGGGUGUUGUUUCUGUUCACCAGCAUAAGCAUGUCACCAUCAUCGUGUUUGGUGUUUUAAUGUAGUGUGUUUUGCAGUUUGGCACAUGGCGCUGACGUUAUGGCGGUAACAAAGGUGGUCCAUCUUCUUCUCUUCUUCUCUCACUUCUGACUAAUGGGCUGGCGUGUUAGUCAGGAUGAGAUACAAGAUAACACUAUUCACCAGCCACAUGGCAGUACAUUUUUAGCUGUGGUUGAAUUGUGGUUUGUCUUUUCUACCAGCUACUUUGAUAAGUAACCAGCAAUUGUGAUCUAAAUCUAAAUGUAGCAAGUGAAAUAAUGAAUGUACUCAGUGAAUAUAAGAAUCCAUCAGUGAGUGCCGGUAGUGAGCAGGAAGCUUAGUUUCCUUCCCUCAGUGUCAGACCUCAUCAAACCCUGCAGGCCAGGUGUUUAGAACUAUAGCGGGCACACACUUCCCUCCAGUAACGAGCUUCACUAAUUAUCUUCACAUUCAUUAUUUAUCAUGUUUAUAUGUUUUUGGCACUACAUGUCCACUGUGUUCGAAUGUUUUGGUGUCUCAGGGCUGCAGCAUGAAGCGUUAUCUCGCAGUAGAUGUUUGUGUGUGUGUGUGUGUGUGUGUGUGUGUGUGUGUGUGUGUGUGUGUGUGUGUGUGUGUGUGUGUGUGUGUGUGUGUGUGUGUGUGUGUGUGUGUGUGUGUGUGUGUGGGGUCAACAAAGUUGCUCAGAAUGACAUGACGACUUGUCAGCUGCUUGAUCAUUGUGGGCAUCUUAGAACUGACUGGUGUACCGCUCAGUAUUAUUAUAACAUAACAGUGUGUGUUGCAGUGCUGGACUAACAAAUUACAUGUUUUCAUGUUUGUCAUCCAUCAGCGUUGUGCUUAUAAUUGAGAAACUGAAAUAGGCUGUCAGUGUUUGAAUGUUCUUUUAAAACAUGGAGGUUAAUAAGGUCUAACAACACAUUACAUAUUUUGCUCCCUGAUAUGAGAAAAUGGCUCCACAUUGUUUUUCAAUGUGGAGUGCAAAAUUGGUUGAAAAUGUCACAGAAAAGUAACUGAUUACUGGUAAGAAAAAAUAAUAUUCCUUUGAGAAAAUUGUGUGUUUUUUUUUUUUUUUUUUUUAAUAUUUUUGAAGUUUGAUGUAAAGCCCAAGCAAUGUUUGAACUAAGUUGUCUUUUUAUUCUAGUAAGUCCCAAUCUGUGUUUGGUUUAUUUUUAAUUUUUUGUACUGGUACUUUUAUUUGGAAAGAGAAAAAAAAUCUGCCUCUGUAAUGUCUAGAUUUGUAUUUGAAUUAUUGAUUUGCACAUGAAGGCAUGUACUGUAAAAUUUAAGUCAUGAUGCUGAGGGGUUUUCUUUGCUCAAGUAGCAGGGAUUUUAGUCCCUUGUGUUCUGCAUGUGGGUUUGAUGUUUUUGGAAAAUGUAUCAGUCAGUCCAGUUGCAGACUCAUUUAUACAGGUGAUUUCUCAGGCACAGUGCAUCAGUUUAAUACAUUUUCAUAUGAGCUGUUACAUUUUUAAAAAUAUGAUGAAUUUCAUCCAGAUCUGAUAGCACACCUCAUUCUUCAGGUUUUAACCUUUUUAAAACAAUGAAGUGGAAUGGGGGACCUGAGUAUUAAAUCUGUUGUUUGUUCUACUGAGGUUCACACAACAUUAAGACAAACAUAUUUCAUUCUACAGCACAGUGGUUUUUCAGCAACGCAGACAAGUCUUUGCAGGCACCUGGAGUGUAUCAACCGUUUCAUCAAGAGUUUGAAGUUUUGUUUUCACUCCUGUUGAAGUGUGUGUUUUUUUUCACCACAAUAUGCCAGCUUCAUUUGUUUGACUUUUGAAGCAUUUAAUAAAGAGGCUCUCAGUUUUUAAAUAUU